UAGAAGAAAAAGGUGGAACCGGAAGUUUACAUUCAGCGCCUUUUCGCAGAUAUGUAAACUUAAGAAAUGUAUUAAUUGAACGUUUGUUCUUUAAAAUCUUACAGAAAUGGAUCCAAAAGGACCGUCGGCUUAUACCGCAGGUUCAUCAGCAGACAUAGACCGAAGUUUAGAGGAAGACUCCUUGGUGGAUGGACCGCUGAUCUCUGCCGAUGCCCUCCACUCUGCCAUCAGGAGGGAGUUUCAGGCUGUGCCAACACCCUGCCAUGCAGCCCUGCUCUCCGUGUUGCAUAUUGUGUACGUCGUGUUGUCGAUAUGUGUGGCUGUGCUGUGUGUGCUAAAGUUUGGCCAAGAGGAGGUGUGCAUGAGUAUUUUGGGCAGCAUGAAGGGCGACAGUGUGAUCGUGUUUGGGAAAGUGUGCUUGUGGGUGCUGGUCCUGAUGUUCACCGGCUGCGUGCAGCAUCACCACAACAGAGCACGGAGCAGAGGAUACCUGAGAUUUUACAGACAGACACAAGGGCUGAAGCACACGGCUCUUACCAUUCACUCAGCAGGAAAUGUCCUGUUUUUGGUUCUUCUGGCCACAGAAUUAUCACAGACUGUGCGAAUCUAUGCACUGCUCAUCAUUCUUGGGUUGGAAUUCUUGGUGGCCGUGCCAUGCCUGGUCUAUUACACAGUCAAGGUGAUGCAGUUCAACAGAGCCAGAGCAGCACCGGACGUGAGCCAAGAGGAGCUCUCACACAACUACAGUGUGACGAGCGUACCGACUGAGACCGGCUUCAGAGGGGCCUCCAGUCUGGAGGAGGUGGUAGAGAAGCAGGCCGACCUGAUAGAGUACCUGAAACAGCACAACACGUUGCUAAGCAAGAGGCUGCUGAACCUCACUGCUCAGCACUAAGCACAGGCCGGACACUUCCGCCAAGCCAACCAGCCAGAGGCUCAGGGGAAAGAGCGCCAGCAUUUUACAGCCCCAAGUGAAGAUCUUAAAGGCUGAAGUCAGCAAAUGCACCUGUACACGCAGACUGAGAGGGCUCCUCUGUGAGGAAUCCCCACCUGAGACGGACAGAUAACACACGGGGAGGUGGUCUGUAAGUGGAAGGCAGUUAAAGAGGAAAAUGGAAGGUUGAGGGGAGGAGUCGUGGGUCACAGAUCAGAGGCGCUGAGUUUUUCUCACUGUGUUACGACCUCCGCUGACCCGUGUAUGCUGCCGCUUUUGCUACUCUGAAAGAAGCAGAGCUGUAAGAUCAUCUGCACAAAGGAAGGAGAGGUUAUCACUUAUCUGGGGCAAACAAGUGAGCUUAAAUCUGUGUUUUAUCUGUGUGAAUGUUAAUUUGUGAAAGUUCUUGUUUUUGUGCAUUUGUCUUAAGAUUUCAUUAAAAUCUUUGAUACAGUGA